CAUUUCUUGGUGGUGCCAUUCACUUCACUGUACAUGUUCUGCUGUUUUGCGUCUUACCUAAACAGGAAGCGCGUUUUUCUUUUUGGAUUUGCGACAUGUCCACUAUGAUUAUUACGACGUUCAAACGAUACCACGUACGUCAAGGAGGUCUUGGACUGAUGGUAUGAACUUAUGAUGGGUGGUGGAUGGAUGGAAAUACCCCGCUUGUUGGAUUGAACAUUUAUCGUUUCGGAGCUUGUUCAUAUCGCGGUGGGCGUCUGCUUAUUCUUUUUUUCCCUUCCUCAUAUACCCACUCCGUGGGCCGUUGGCGGAAAUGUCUUGGAGUUGUUUUCCUUUGUUUUCACAUUUACCACUCACUUACUCUCUCUUUCCUCUCUUCCUUAUUUCAACAAGCUCAUCAUGGACGGCUUCAUGAAAAAUUACGACUGAUACGAACGAUGGGAACGGACGAAACGACCCUUGGAGUUCCAACCCCCUCCCUUCUUUUUAUAUGGGGUAUAUUCUUUUCAACCACAUCGCAUGCCUCGUUACGAGGCGGCGUAUAACUUGACUUGGCGAUUUGGCGACCCUGCAUAGAUGGGAGUUGGGCCUGAAGAUAAAAACGACUGCCCUCCUUGAGGGCGAUGAUGAAUGUUAAUGCGGUGACGCAUUUGAUGCGGGUGAUGGACGUUACGAAGUUUAUAUUGGCGAUUUGGCUACUUAGCUGCUCUAUCUAAUUGCUCAGGAGACAUGCAUUGCACAAGUCAGGCUUUCAACGACUUGUUCGACGCUUGGCAAUUCGUUCCGUUCUCCGCCAUGUAUGUAUUCUGUACUCUUGUCUCGCAUCCCACAAUGCUACACAAUUUGAUUUGAAGCGAAAGCUCAAGAGGGCUGUCCGUUGUAUGCAUUGCCUUGCUGCUCGGGACCUAGGGCUUGGGAGGAAGAUCUGGGCUUCGGGGUCUUCCAAGAUCCCGGCCGG